UUCCGUAAUCAACUAAAAAUAGUUCAAUUAAGAUGUUUCAUAGCUGAUUCUCCUGCGCGAGCUUUUGUUUUGGGUCAUAAAGGUCACGGUAGUCUAUUUCCGUGUUCAAAAUGUUGGAUUCGGGGAAAUUGGCUUCGUCGUGGAUGCGUAGCUUAUCGUGGUAUUCAGCAUAGGCCCCGUACAGACGAAGAAUACAGAAAUAACAUUGAUGGAGAACAUCAUACUGAAUCAGAAUCUGCUCUGCUUCCUUUAGAGAUGGGAUUGGUAACUCAAACGGUUUUCGAUUACAUGCAUACUGUAUGUCUUAGUGUUGUUCCCAAAAUAAAUAGUGUUCUCGUCGAUGGAAAAUAUAAUCCAACUUUAAAACUUUCUGCUAGAUCACUUGAAAUUAUGACUGCACGUCUACAACAAGUUGCGAAUUACAUCCCUAAGGAAUUUUCACGAAAACCGCAAUUAAUGAAAAAAUAUGGAGGGUUUAAGGCCACGGAAAAUCGUCAACUUCUUCUAUAUACUGCCCCAGUUAUUUAUUACGGACUUAUAAAUCCUACUGCAUACAAACAUUUUCUUUUAUUACAUUCCGCAAUUCGAGUUUUGCUUAGUUCUUCCUUAUCAGAAGACCGUCUUGAUUUUGCAUCUACAGCAUUAAACAUUUUUGUAAAUAGAGCAGAAGAUAUAUAUGGUCCAGAAUUUCUCUCAUACAUUACUCAUUGCCUUUUACAUCUCGUAGAUGACGUUAGACGUUUUGGUUCAUUAAAUGAAUUGUCUAUGUUUCCAUACGAAAACAAUAUGAUGUAUUUCCGCAAAGCUUGCCGUAAACCUCAUCAACAUUUGCAACAGAUUGUAAAUAGGCGACAUGAAAAUUUACAAAUCACACAAAAAAUUGUGAAUGAUCACAAUAAAGUCAUACAUUCCGGUAGACCUUGGGUUAGUCCUACAGUUUUUAAUGUUCCCUUAGAUAGUCGCCAGUUUCAGAUCUUAGACACAGGAAAAUUUCGUCUAUCAGUAAAGGAUCGGGAUAAUACAAUAAUAUUAAAAAAUUCAAAGGUUUGUCUUGUUCAGAGCAUCAUUUUCUUGCGUGAUCAUUAUCAUUUAGCGGUUAAAGAGUUUUGUAGAGUUGAAGAUUUUUAUGAUAUUGGUUUGUCAUUGUCAUCAUCAGUAGGUACCUUUCGAUGUUCUUUAUUAUCUGAUGAAAUUAUUAUAAUAGAUUUGAAUGAAGUGCAGAAUAAGUGUUUCCGUAUACCUUAUUGGCACACUGAAGGGCAUAUAGAUCCUAUUACUGAUGUCUGGGUAGUUGCAGUUAUUCUACAUACUAUGGAUUAGGAACAUCAUUAGGUAGAUUAGAAAUAUCAGUUCUAAUUUCAGUAGGUGCAUUCUCUCUAAGGCCUUUAAAUCCAUACAUUAACUCUUACUACAACGUACAAACAAAAACGGAACAUAGUUUUACGAUUUUUCUUGUCGAUUCAAGUUUAUAUGCGGGUUUAAAUUUACGAUCAAUGAAUGUAACGUAAUGCAUUAAUUAUGGAAGAACAUGUGCGGAGAGUUUUUUUAAAGAUGAGUCAAGAGCGAGGACGAGGAAGAGGAAAAGGAAUGAACACCGAAGGGAAGACAGCGUCUGCAUUGCAAUUAUUAAACAAGAACAUCGAAAAAUACCGCACAAAACACAUACACAAACCUAACAUAACUACACUUCACAAAAAUACACAAAAACAAGCAGCCUCAGCAUCAUCCAAGUAUCAUUCACAAUCUCCAGUAUCAUCAUCCUUGCAUGUUCCAUCACCAUCAUUCUCAUCACAACACUCAAAUAAACACAUGCCUCCUCCAUCAGCACCAUUACAACAUAGAUCCAUUGUAUCACAUUCACCUUCAGUAACCACUCAAUUAUCCGCACAAGACAUUAUACCAGUACAACGCAAACAAACAUUAUCACGCUCGUCUUCAUCAGCAUCUAUACAAUCAUUCACGCAAAAAGUCCAGCCAUCAUUCAAACCACCAUCACAACAAACAAACAGUAAACAAACAUUGUCACGCUCGUCUUCAUCAGCAUCUAUACAAUCAUUCACGCAAAACAUCCAAUCAUUAUUCAAACCACUAUCACAACAAAUAAACAGGAAACAAACACAAUCAGGAUCAUUUGUUCAUGAUGUACGCAGCCAUCGCCUGUCCACACAUAGAGAAGAAUUGAUAAAAGAAAAGGAAAUAAUGCAGUCUCUAAAAAUCAUUAUGGAUCAACUACGUCGAAUGGAAGAACGACAAAUUUCUAUAGAAAAUAAAACCGAUGAAAAUGCAAAAACUAUAAAAAGAUUAUUAAAAGAAUCUACAAUAAAGAGACCAACAAAGCCACAGGAGGUCUCAUUUAAAACUGUGGAUGAUUUCUUGGCCUUCGAAGAAGUUGAUGAAGAAAUUUAUAAUGAUUUGGUGAGAUACUUCAUUUAUCUUGGACGAGCCAAUCCAAUAGAUUGCGCCGCGGAAUAUUUUCGCAGCGUAUUUCCAGAAGACGAGGAGGUUUCAUCACACCUCACUCUAAAUAGAAAAAGUGGACAACGAGGGGGCUGUAAAUUGCGGGACAGUCGCUUCGCUCAGGCAUGUCAAGAUGCCAUGAAUUCAAACAAAUAUUUUAUUAAUCCCAACAACGUCGAAUUUUAUGACGCCCUGGAAAAGGCUUUAAAAAGUCUUAAAACCAGAAAAUGGCGUUACAAUAAGAAACGACGCCAAGAAAAUGAGGAGGACGUCCCACCAAAUCGACGCCGCCGAAUAGACAACGAAGAUGAGAAAACUACAGAAUUUGAAGAUAUCGUGGAGACUGAGCAGGAGAUCGAUGAUGACGAAAACUUAGAGAACGAUUCACUUGGUGGCCACGAUGAACUAACAGAGACUCAACACACGGAGGAAACUGAGGAGAUUGAAGAUACGGAGGACGCUCUCUGGGAUGAGGAUAACAUCGCUGAAGAAAUCCAUGAAGAUGCUGAAAUGGAAAAUUACGUGGAUGACGAUAAGAUCCAAGAGGACACAGAACGCGUAGACGAUAUGGAAGUACUGAAGUACUUAACAGAAAGUAAUGUAUGGUCAACAUAAUAUUUUUUUAAGUACUUUAGAGAAGCAGUAUCAAAUUUGGGACGUGCUUCACAGGGAUCGGCGGGGAGGGGCCGUUCUCACCUCUAAUUUAUUUGUUUUCUGUUUCAGGUAAAGCCUUGUGUCCACGAUCCGAGAAUUCGGUCCGAGAAGUUUGUAGCCAAUAAAAUAGCCGCUUUUCUGUAAAAGCUGCAAAUUGAUU